AUGGGCUCCUCUCACCACUUGUUUGUACAGAAGCGAAGCUCUACAUGUAGUUUACGCCAACCAAAAGAGAUUGGUCAUUACAGCAAGACCCUGGAAAAUGAAUUCAAAAUCUCCGAUGACUCUCAACUGAGCUACUUCUAUUUCCCAGACAGUGAUUUGAAUAAAAAUCUAGACUUGAGCGCAGGCAUCAAGAAGUUCAAAGAAUGUACGGAUGACCCAAACUUUGAUCAAUGCACAUUGAAUCCCCUACUGAAAACAAUAAAAGCUUAUGAGCAGCGCAAGGAAAAAAAGGUUUCUGCUGAUAUCAUUACUUUCAGAGGUGUUAUGAGAAAGCUCGUCUCCUGUGCAUUCGACAGUCCGCAAUAUAAUCGCGUGGAGCUCCGAGUACUUUCUUUCAAUGGACAGCUUUUCAUAAAAGAAGUUUCUGAGCACCGUUCAGCCCCUAAGGACUUGAACUCGCUGGAACACCGUUCAUACUAUAGUGGUUACAAAUUCGAAAAUCUCACAACCUUGCCAAAACCUCUAUCUCAAGUCCCCAGAAACAGCCUCGAAAAAAGGCCCAAAAAAAUAUGUAAUAAUGGAGAACAAUUCGUGACCGUUGUGAGGUCUGGAGUGGGCCCUUGCAAAGUGGUGAUGGGCGCAGAGGUAGACUGCAUCUUCGAUUUUCCUGAAAGCGGGUCUGACAACCUCAAACACUACGCUGAACUCAAGUGUACUAAGGGCGUUUCGUCUUUUGCGGAGGCGCGCAGAUUUGAAAGAAAGAUCUUCAAAACCUGGCUGCAAUGCUUUUUGGUUGGCAUACCCCGGAUAAUAUAUGGCUUUCGCGAUGACAACUUUAUACUGAAGUCAGUCGAAGAGUAUUCGACUCACGAAGUUCCUGUCCUUCUCAAGACCAACAACCAGCAAUUGACUAAUGCAUGCGUAGAGGCCGUUAGGUGGUAUGGUGCCUUGACCGAGUGGUUGCUGGAAAGUGUGCCACGAGAAAAAUCGACUGAUUACAUCAAAGCGUACAGACUGCGUUUCGAAAAUAAUCACCUAAAGCUGAGCGAAAUUGAGCAGGGAGAUGAAGAAUACGAGGGAAUUGUUGAGGGUGAAAGCGUAUUGGAUGCGGAUUUCAAGGAGUGGAGAAAGGAGCUUACAGCAUCAGACGAUACCGCUUGA